GCGCUGCCCGCCUUCCCUCGCACACUCGGCCUCACUUUCCCAGUUGAGCGCGCCCACUCCGCCAAGAUGAUCGCGUCGCAUCUGCUCGCCUACUUCUUCACCGAACUGAACCACGACCAAGUGCAGAAGGUGGACCAGUACCUCUACGACAUGCGUCUCUCGGACGAGACGCUUCAGGAGAUCUCCAAGCGGUUCCGCAAGGAGAUGGAGAAGGGGCUUGGGGCCACCACGCACCCGACAGCCGCAGUGAAGAUGCUGCCCACCUUUGUGAGGUCCACUCCGGAUGGCACAGAACAUGGCGAGUUCCUGGCCCUGGACCUUGGAGGGACCAACUUCCGGGUGCUGUGGGUGAAAGUAACGGACAAUGGCCUCCAGAGGGUGGAGAUGAAGAACCAGAUCUACGCCAUCCCCGAGGACCUCAUGCGGGGCAGCGGUACCCAGCUGUUUGACCACAUUGCCGAGUGCCUGGCCAACUUCAUGGGUCAGCUCCAAAUCAAAGACAAGAAGCUCCCGCUGGGAUUCACCUUCUCCUUCCCCUGCCACCAGACCAAGCUGGAUGAGAGUUUCCUGGUCUCGUGGACGAAGGGCUUCAAGUGCAGCGGCGUGGAAGGCAGAGACGUGGUGGCUCUGAUCCGGAAGGCCAUCCAGAAGAGAGGGGACUUUGACAUUGACGUCGUGGCGGUGGUGAACGACACGGUGGGGACCAUGAUGACCUGCGGUUAUGACGACCAGAACUGCGAGAUUGGGCUCAUUAUUGGCACGGGCACCAAUGCCUGCUACAUGGAGGAGAUGCGUCACAUCGACCUGGUGGAGGGAGAUGAAGGACGCAUGUGCAUCAACAUGGAGUGGGGCGCCUUCGGGGAUGACGGCUCGCUCAACGACAUCCGCACCGACUUUGACCGUGAGAUCGACAUGGGCUCGCUGAACCCGGGGAAGCAACUGUUUGAGAAGAUGAUUAGCGGGAUGUACAUGGGCGAGUUGGUGAGGUUGAUCCUGGUGAAGAUGGCCAAGGAGGGGCUGCUCUUCGGGGGGCGGCUCAGCCCAGAACUCCUCACCACGGGCCGCUUUGAGACCAAAAACGUGUCAGAAAUUGAAGGGGAGAAGGACGGCGUCCGCAAGGCCCGUGAGAUCCUGGUGCGCCUGGGCAUGGAGCCAACCGAGGAGGACUGUGUGGCCACGCACCGUAUCUGCCAGAUCGUGUCCACGCGCUCGGCCAGCCUGUGUGCGGCCACCCUGGCGGCCGUGCUGCGGCGCAUCAAGGAGAACAAGGGGGAGGAGGAGAGGCUGCGCUCCACCAUCGGGGUUGAUGGCUCCGUCUACAAGAAGCACCCACACUUUGCCAAGCGUCUCCAAAAGACUUUGCGGCGUCUCGUGCCAGACUGUGACAUCCGCUUUCUCCUCUCUGAAGACGGCAGCGGCAAGGGGGCAGCCAUGGUGACGGCCGUGGCCUACCGGCUGGCCGAUCAACACCGAGCCCGGCAGAAGAUCCUGGAGCCUCUGAAGCUGAACCUCGAACAGCUGCUGGAGAUCAAGAGGAGGAUGACUGUGGAAAUGAAGCGAGGGCUGAAAAAGGAGACCCAUGACGUUGCCCCGGUCAAGAUGCUGCCCACCUACGUGUGUGCCACCCCUGAUGGUACAGAGAAGGGUGAGUUCCUGGCCUUGGACCUGGGGGGCACAAACUUCCGGGUCCUGCUGGUUCGUGUGCGGAACGGAAAGCGCCGUGGGGUGGAGAUGCACAACAAGAUCUACUCGAUCCCGCAGGAGGUCAUGCACGGCACAGGGGAUGAGCUCUUUGACCACAUCGUCCAGUGCAUUGCCGACUUCCUCGAGUACAUGGGCAUGAAGGGUGUGUCCCUGCCUCUGGGCUUCACCUUCUCCUUCCCGUGCCGGCAGAACAGACUGGAUGAGAGCAUCCUCCUCACGUGGACAAAAGGCUUCAAGGCAUCAGGCUGUGAAGGCGAGGACGUGGUGGGCCUGCUGAAGGAAGCUAUCCACCGCCGAGAGGAGUUUGACCUGGACGUGGUUGCUGUGGUGAAUGACACGGUCGGGACGAUGAUGACCUGUGGCUAUGAGGACCCGCACUGCGAGGUCGGCCUCAUUGUCGGCACGGGCAGCAACGCCUGCUACAUGGAGGAGAUGAGGAACGUGGAGCUGGUGGAGGGCGAGGAGGGCCGCAUGUGCAUCAACAUGGAGUGGGGCGCCUUCGGGGACAACGGGUGCCUGGAUGACUUCCGCACCGAGUUCGACAUGGCCGUGGACACACACUCCCUCAACCCCGGCAAGCAGAGGUAUGAGAAGAUGAUCAGCGGAAUGUACCUCGGAGAGAUCGUCCGUAACAUCCUCAUCGACUUCACCAAGCGCGGCCUCCUCUUCCGCGGCCGCAUCUCAGAGCGCCUCAAGACCAGGGGCAUCUUUGAAACCAAGUUCCUGUCUCAGAUCGAGAGUGACUGCCUGGCACUGCUGCAGGUGCGUACGAUCCUCCAACACCUGGGGCUCGAGAGCACCUGCGACGACAGCAUCAUCGUCAAGGAGGUGUGCACCGUGGUGGCCCGCCGGGCGGCCCAGCUCUGCGGUGCAGGCAUGGCGGCCGUGGUGGACAAGAUCCGUGAGAACCGGGGCCUGGACACUCUCAAAGUGACCGUGGGUGUGGACGGGACCCUCUACAAGCUGCAUCCCCACUUUGCCAAAGUCAUGCACGAGACAGUGAAGGAGCUGGCCCCGAGAUGCGACGUGUCCUUCCUGCAGUCUGAGGACGGCAGUGGGAAGGGGGCGGCCCUCAUCACUGCUGUGGCCUGCCGCAUCCGCGAGGCUGGACAGCGAUAGAGUCCCCGUGCCCGGAAGGGA